CAGGAGGUGGAUAUAGGCCAGGCUCUGUCAUUGGAGCCACUCCUCAUACCCUGACAACGUAUACGUACCUCAUCGGGGUCAUCACCGUCGAGAUUGACUUCUUCCACAAACAAAAGAAGGCACAGCCAGCUGUCAAUACUGACGAGCUAGCUCCACUCUUGUGAGCAAGUUUGUCGACAAUGCGUUCUGUAUCGAUCAACUAGUGACCAUACAGUUCAACAACCUCAUCUUCAAGGCUGAAGUACUCCACAUCACAGCCGAGGAUGUAUCUGGUUUCAAAAAGGGAGAAAAGUCGUCUGAAAAAAAAAGAACUGUGGAUUACUGUACACUAACUCGAGGGUUGUGUUCGAGAGGUCAAGCGAGUCUACGGUGCAGCUGGUUGGACGGCACAAGGGAGACUCCGCCCACGUUGCCAUCAUAAGCCCGGACUGGGACUUCAACCAGAUGGGGAUUGGUGGUCUGGAUAAAGAAUUCUCUGAUAUAUUUCGGAGAGCUUUUGCUUCGCGAGUUUUUCCACCGGAUAUUGUGGAACAGCUUGGCAUGAAACACGUCCGAGGGAUCUUGUUGUUCGGCCCACCAGGUACUGGCAAGACUCUGAUGGCACGGAAGAUUGGUCAGAUGUUGCAUGCACGAGAACCUAAGAUUAUCAAUGGACCAGAAAUUCUGAACAAGUAUGUCGGAGAGUCAGAAGCAAAUGUGCGUGGUUUGUUUGAGGAGGCAGAAAAAGAUCAAAAGAAGAUGGGCAUCAACAGUGCUUUACACAUUAUCAUAUUUGACGAGAUUGAUGCUAUCUGUCGUUCCCGUGGUUCCUUGUCUGGUAGCACUGGUGUCCAUGAUACAGUCGUCAACCAGCUCCUCGCUAAGAUGGACGGAGUGGAGCAGUUGCACAACAUCCUCGUGAUAGGGAUGACCAAUCGUAAGGACAUGAUUGACGAGGCUCUCCUCCGACCUGGCAGGCUGGAGGUGCAGAUGGAGAUAGGUCUCCCUGACGAGAAUGGACGCCUCGAGAUCCUGCGCAUACACACGGCCCAGAUGGCCAAGUUCAAUAAACUGGGUGCUGAUGUAGACCUGGAGGACCUGGCCAAACGCACUCGUAACUUCAGUGGGGCUGAAAUCGAGGGCCUUGUACGCAGCGCUCAGUCCACCGCCAUGAACAAGCUAGUACAGGCUAAAGACAAGGUAUCAGUGACCACGGAAGAGGCAGAGGCACUGAAAAUAACUAGGGUUGACUUUGAACAUGCAUUGUCCUUUGACCUCAAGCCAGCGUUUGGUGUCAGCGAUAAACAGCUGGAAAGCUACGUACUGAAUGGAAUAGUACCUUGGGGGCCACAAGUUGAUGAGAUUCUGGAGGUUGGGGAAGCUGCCAAGAGACAAGUGUCUGAGAGUCAACGUACUCCUCUCGUUAGUCUGCUUCUCCGUGGCAACCCGGGCUGUGGCAAGACAGCCCUCGCUGCUCACAUUGCUAAACAGUGUAACUUCCCUUUUGUCAAGGUGCUGUCUCCAGAGAACAUGAUUGGCUUCUCUGAGGGCGCUAAAUGUGGGGCAAUAAAGAAGGUGUUUGAUGAUGCGUACAAGUCCGAGCUCAGCUGUAUCAUGAUCGACGAUAUAGAGAGACUAUUGGAUUACGUCGCUAUUGGACCGAGAUUUUCCAACCUUGUUCUCCAGUCCCUCCUCGUCCUGCUCAGGAAACUACCCCCCCUACAAUCCAGCUCCGGCCCCCACAAGCUGCUCAUCAUCGGCACCACUGGUCUCAGUGACGACGUGUUAGAGCUCACUGGUUUACAAAGAGCAUUCAACAGCUGUAUAGAUGUACCCUAUCUGAGCAGUGCAGGGGAGGUCCUCGCUUGUCUCCUUGACAACAGUAUGUACACGUUCUCUGAGAGUCAAGCUAAAGCACUCAGACAAAGAUUGACCAAGAAAUCGUGUCACAUUGGUAUGAAGAAGCUCAUCUCGAUUAUAGAAGCAUCUAAAAAGGCAAAUAGUUAUGAUGUGGACAUGAUCGUAAGGAGGUUAGAAAUUGAAGGACACCUCACCAACUAAACUAUUGAUAGCAUUAAUUGCUGCCACUUUCUAAGACAUCUCUGAAUAUUUUAUUUUAGUUUUGCGUUCUAUACAUUUUAGCUGGAUUUCCUAUAAUUAUUAUUGUUAUUUACGCACGUGUAAAUGAACAAGUGAUUUGUGGGUGUGGUUACAAUUUUAUAAAAGGUGUGGUUUUAUCACAUUGUA